GGCCGGUUUUUAUAACAAUGCCUUUCCCUGCCCAAAAAAAUGUGUAUCCUCCUUUUCAAUCUAUCUCUAACUGUUUGAUCCACUGUUACAUCUGAUUACUCGAGUAAUCUCUCUCUCUCUCUCAGCUGGCUCGUUUCACCAUCCCCACAUUUCGUCCCCAAUGUUAUGCUUUCAAAACCCCAACUUUCUCAGUCUUUUCUCACCCUCUGAGUUCCCAUUCUCUCUCCUCACCCAUGGAAACUCUCACCCAAUUACCCACUCCCUUCUCUCUCCAGGAAACCUUGGUGACGUCACCAUAUUCUCAGUUACACUACAAAACCUUACUUCACUCCUGCUCCACCAUUCCCCACCUCAGACAAACCCAUGCCCAAAUGAUAAAAACCGGAUUAAUCAAUAAUAACUCUCUAUUCAACUCUCUGCUCACUGCCUAUUCAAGAAGCUCGUCUCCUAAAGAAGCAUUCUCUCUUUACAAUUCAACAAGGAGAUGUGGGGCUUCCAUGAACCAGUUUGGCUUCCCACCUUUACUGAAGGCGAUUGCAAUUUGUUCAGGUUGGAAAGAAGGUAGAGAGAUUCAUGGGUAUAUUUGUAAAUUGGGUUUUGAAUUUGAUCCCUUCAUAGUUACUGGUCUGAUCAAGAUGUAUGCGUUUUGUGGUGAAAUAUUCAAAGCACGAAAGUUAUUUGAUAAAAUGCCUGAAAGAGAUGUCAUCACAUGGAGUGUGAUGAUCGAUGCAUACACGAAAUUGGGUUUCUAUGAAGAGGCUUUUAUGCUCUUCAGAGAGAUGAGGAGGGCCAAAAUAGAACCCGAUAAGGUGGUUCUUUCAAGCGUGCUCUCAGCUUCAGGGCAAGCUAGAAAUCUGGAAUUAGGAAAGGAAAUUCAUAGCUAUGUGCGACAAAAGGGUUUAGGUGGAAUUGAUCUACAUUUAGAAGGGGCAUUGGUGCAUAUGUACACUAGUUGUGGUAGCAUGGAACAAGCGCGAGAGAUUUUCAAUAGAAUGGCUCAUAAGAGCUUGGCCUCAUGGACCGCCAUGGUGUUCGGAUAUUGUAAGGUUGGAAAGGUUGAAACUGCACGUUCUCUCUUUAAUGAGAUGCCUGAGAAAGACCUGGUUUCUUGGAGUGCUAUGCUAGCAGGCUAUGUUGAAAGUGAAAGGCCUAAUGAUGGUCUUAAGCUCUUUCAAGAAAUGCAACUCUCGGACAUAAGACCUGACCAAAUCACCAUCUUGAGCGUUUUGUCUGCCUGUUCAGCUCUAGGGGCCCUAGACCAAGGCAGGUGGGCUCACAGAUUCAUAGACUCAAAUGGAUUCAAUAAUACCAUGUCAGUGAACAAUGCACUAAUCGAUAUGUAUGCCAAAUGUGGUAGCCUCGAGGGAUCGAAACAAGUCUUUGAUAACAUGCCUGAGCGAAAUGUGGUUUCUUGGACCUCUAUGAUAAAUGGAUAUGCAAUGCAUGGUGAUGGUGAAGCUGCAUUAGAACUUUUCUAUAGAAUGCGAAAUGAGGCGGUUGAGCCUAAUGAGGUCACGUUUGUCGGGGUCCUGUACGCUUGUAGCCAUGCAGGGUUGGUGACUCAGGGUCUUCAAAUCUUCAAAGAAAUGAAGGAGGACUACAAACUUGUGCCUUGGCAUGAGCACUAUGGUUGUGUGGCUGAUCUACUGGGGAGAGCUGGGCUCUUAGGCCAAGCUCAAGAAUUGAUCGAGUCCAUGCCUUUGAGGCCUAAUGUGAUUGUUUGGGGUUCCCUUUUAGGAGCCUGUAAGAUCCAUGGCAAUACGAAGCUAGGGGAAUUGGCUGCAAAGAAGUUGUUAGAAUUAGAUCCUGACCAUGAUGGGGCUCAUGUGCUCCUAUCUAACAUUUAUGCAAAGUUUGGAAGGUGGGACGAAGCUUUAGGAGUGAGAAAGAUGAUGAAGAAGAAAGGGGUCUUAAAGGAGCCUGGUUUCAGUUGGAUAGAGCUGAAGAGCAUGACCCAUGAGUUUGUAGUGGGAGAUAGGUCACACCCACAAAUUGAUUUGAUAUAUGAUAAAUUGGAUGAGAUUUUUAGGGUUCUAAUAUCAAUUGGGUAUUCUCCAAACACUUCAAAUGUGCUUGUAGAUUUGGAAGAGGAUAAGAAGAGGGAGGCCCUAUUGUUGCACAGUGAAAAGCUUGCUGUUUCAUUUGGGCUUCUCAAUUUCGAUCAUGGCCUAUGUAUGAGAAUUGUGAAGAACCUUAGGAUUUGUGAGGAUUGUCAUUGCUUUAUGAAGCUAAUCUCCAAGGCUUUUGAUAGGGAGAUAAUUCUGAGGGAUAGACACAGGUUCCACCAUUUCAAGAAUGGGACAUGUUCAUGUAAAGAUUAUUGGUGAACCUAAUUAUUUUUUAGUACUUUAAAAUGAUGGUUAAAUACA